GUUAUUAGAAAGAACUGUUUAUUUGAGUCUUCGUAUUGUUAUAUCACGUAGUGAUUUGUUAUUGAGAAAUUACAUUUGUCCUAUUCUUGUUACAGAGAUUAUAAUUAUCUCCAGUGUACAGUAGAAUUGUAUUAAUUGAUUGUUAUAACUGAGUUUAAGUUUAAGUGUAGGAAGGUUAUUCUUCGGAUUAUUGUGUUCAUCAAUAACAUCCUUCAGAUUUUUCAAAAUUUUAGAAUCCAACUUAGAUAUAAUUAAACUUACAUUAAUUUGCCUAAAACAAUUAUGCAGAGGUUAGGUAUUGAUAACCCUGAAAUUAUUGCUGGUGACAUUGAGCGUCCUGUGUCUUCGAAGAGACCACUUGAGUCCGAAGGAAUACUUAUUAGAGGCAUCAAAAGAUUGCGUGAAAAUACCCUAACUUUAGUUCAAACCUUAAUUGAGAUACUCAAGUCAGUGUUUGAAGAACUUUCUGAAAUACCCUCUGGGCAAACUCUAAUAACUGAAUUUAUUCCCACUGUAAACUCAUCUCUGAGUAGUUUCUCAUACCAAAGUCCGCACUCAGAAAGUACUAAUGAGGACAACAGUGUUGUAACUGAUGUAAUUGGAAUGAGUCUCAGGAAUAUAGCAGGAGAGUUUAAGGAAAAUAUCGACAAAUUUAUAUUUUGUAAAGGUUAUAAAGAGACUUUUUACACGUUUCUUUUCCUUUACAAGCUUAUUGAAAGUGUUUUCCCUGAUUAUAGAACCUCUGUCAGCUCAAGACACCGUGCCAACAUUAACAAAAUAACAGCCCCCAAAUCAAUAUAUUUCUAUAAGGAGGAGAAGAUUAUUUUCUUCGAAAUUCUUAAUAUUUUUAUUGGGUAUAAGCUGGAGAAUGGCUACGGGGUAGUUGGAUCCUAUAAGAUUCCAGAAAUAACACUGUACCGCAGAGUUAAUGGUGAAUUAGUUCCAUUAACCCGUGACCAGUAUAGUGACUAUUUAACUUUAGCUGGAGGAACACAGUGGGUAAUUAGAGUGAGAGAGGAACUCGAGUGUGUUAGGGCAAUGAUAGGAGAUCAUAUUGUAUGGACGAAAGAAACUUAUUUGAAGGGAUUCCUAGUAACUCUGUUGUAUAAAUUUGCAGAUGACAGUAUAGUUGUUGAGGCCGGUAGGUUGUUCAAGUUCACAAAGUACAAUAAGAUGUGGAUUGAAAAAACUCAAAUCCCUUUCCUUUUAACGCAUUACGCUAAGGAUGAGAUUGAUGGAUUCAUACCAGUUUUUAUCGAAAAUGUGUCAAUAGAUGAUAAAAAUAAAUACAUACUGGACUAUACAAACGAGCCAAACUUUGACAUGGUUAAGUACCGUGAUAAGACAAUUUGUAGACAUCAACCAGGGCAAUCCUUUCCCAAGAGCAUGAGUUGUUAUUCCAACCUCAAGACGUUUGAAUUCAAAUUUGAUGACAAAUUUAUCACUUACCUAUUGAAAGGUAAUGAGUUGAUUGAGAAGCACCAUCAUAUUCCGCCCGUAACACUACUCUCUCAAGAUAACGAGGGUAACACUAGAGAACUAAGUUCCGAUGACUAUAAUUUACAAAUGUUUACAAAAGGAGGUAUUAAAUUUGUUUAUACCCUUAGCCAUGGAGUGUGUACCCUGAUUAAAUACUAUGAUAGAGUAAUUUGGAGCCGUAAUACCGGUGAGAAACCACUCUAUGUCGUUUACAGACAAGAAACUGGAAGACUUGAAGUUAUUUUCGAGGAUAAAAUCCUUUUAUUCGAUUCAAAAAAUCCCAACUCUAUUGUACAAACCAUCGAAAUUCCUCCUGAACUAACCUUACACAAGAGAAAUGAUCAGGGAGAAACUGUAAAACUCAGUCCUCUGGAGUACAGAGUCCAGACAUCUGAAAAAACUGGAUUGAAAUACACACCUAACGAUGACAUAAUUUGUACUGAACUUAGACAUAAUAACAGAGUGGUGUGGAAAUACACUGAAGGAGUCCAUAAACCCUUAUCAUUCACUUAUUUCUUUAAAACAAAAAAGAAAAUUACCGUUAAGUUCCACUAUAAACCUUCGCUAAAGUAUCAACUUCAAAACGACGAAUAGACUCUAACCAGACAAGUCAACACCCAGUCUACUCAUUAAUUUUAUCUAUUAACUA